AUGGAAGGAAGAAAAAGUGUCGCAAACAAUUCGUCGACUACCUCUGCAGUUAAAGUUCCUACAACUUAUGUCUCACCAUUCUCAAAACCCUUACGACCUCCUAUAAUACCAAAGCAACUUCCUCAUACAAUUCAAGACAAUUUGUUGGACAAUAUGCAUUUGCACAAAGAAACAGCUCAGCCAACAGGUCAGGCAACAACAACUAUCGGAACAGAAGCAUUUUCAGAAGAAGUUCAUACCAAUCAGACUCCAAUCGAACAUACAGAAAACAAACCACCCGAAAAUACAGAAACACAUCCAAUCGAACAUACAGAAACACAUUCUGCAAUGACCACUAGGUCGCAAACACGCUAUCUUGCCUUUAGCAAACAAUUUAAGUCACAAAUUCAAGACACACAAGAUAGCGACACUCCUCUUUCAGAGAAAGUUC